UCUGCAGGAUAGAAACACACAACAGUCAUUCACAUUCUUGUCGAUUUAGACGUUUUGUGACAAUGAUAUAUAGCUGAUAAUAGCUAAUGUUUAGGAAGUGUCAGAUAUCCAUGUAGAAAAUACAGCGCACCUAUUAAACAGUGUGUCCAACAAGACGAGACCCCUUCUUCCGCUGCCGGCUUUCUUUCACUUGGAAAGUACCGCUGUUGACGCAGUUGCGUAGUUACCCGAGCUUCCCGCUAGUGGCACUCGAUCUGACGAGACAGCUGUCAAACCCAUUUUUACAUGUGGAUCCGCAUACUUUUUGGCCGAUCGUUUUCCGUUUCAGGAACAAAAACUAAUACAUUACUGGUUAUUUGAUAUUAUUCGCGUUGCCGACAGAUUUUAAACGUAAAAUUAAAUUGCUUUCGAUUUUAAAGUUUAUGGCGUCACGUUCUCAUUUCUUUUUCUGACGGGAGAAGAGUCCAGUGGCUACAGAUGUGGAAAUCUAUGGGCACGGGUUAGUAGUCAAAAAUGUACCAGAGACGGUUUGUUCAUUAUCAAACCGUCUCUGACUGUUCCCACGAAUUACACUAGCUAGCGACUGUUUACGUCAACCGUAGUAAUUAAUUGGCCGUUAGCAAAUUUAUGAUUGACACUGCAGUCCUGUGGACUGGACGAGGUGAGCUGUGCUUCCAGUCCUGGGUAGUGGAAUGUCUUAUCAAUUUUUACUAUCUUUGCGGUGCUCCCCACAGGGAAGUAACAGGCCCACAUUAGACACGCCCCUUGUGGGGAUGUCUUUAAAAAACUCCUAAAAAUAAAUGCACCAGGAUGCAAUAUGUGAACUAACUUGAAAAUUGAGUACAGUACAAAAAUGUAUAUACAUUACCCGGUAGUGAAUUGGCAAACUGCACUUUCGUUCACUACAAUUCUAGCUGUAAAUUAAUGUAUGAAUUAAUGAAUGACCUACAUACAGGCACACGCACGCACGCGCGCAUACACACAAAGAGUAAAUAAUUUUCUAUGCGAUCGUCUCGAUUUUCUGAUGCCCAGCCCUCUGUAGGCUCAGGACCUCUGUAUCUCCAAAGCGCCUCCGUGACCAUCGUCGGAAACAUUCGAAGUGCUUCGACAAUUACCGAAGGUUGCAGCCAUCUUCGUUUUGUUUAUUACCAGCACGCACUCCCGACAUUAUUCCCUACAGUUGCUUGAAUCGAGUUUUGAAACUACGUAUAAGCGGUAUUUACGUCCGCGUUUUAUAGUUACCAUUCCCUUCUGCGUAGAUGACAUUUUACACACUUCUUCACGUGUAUUUCUGUUAACUUGUUUUUGAUAUACUGAGGGGCGCCCGUCGGAAAGGUGUCCGCCAUUUUUGUUCGGGGCAAACGGACAGGGAGCGAAAAGAUGCCGAAGAGUUGUUCUGCAUACAACUGCACAAAUAGAUACAACAGUAAGAAUCCGGAUCUCACGUUUCAUAGGUUCCCCUUCAGUAAGCCUUCUGUGCUUAAAGAAUGGCUUCACAACAUCGGGCGCGAGGACUUCCAGCCUAAGCGACACAUGGUCAUCUGUUCGCACCAUUUCACCCCGGAGAGCUUCAGCGGCCUCGGGAACAGGAAGAACCUGCUGUGGAACGCGGUUCCCACCCUGUUCACCUUCCCCGCGUCCUCUCCAAAAAGAAAAAAGUCCAGAAAAAAGUGUAAAAAAGAUGUUACCUUGGGAUUUCAACAAUGGGAGGAGAUGUUAUUGGACGAGACGAAUUGCCAACAGGAGCCAGGUCCACAGGAAAUUGCUGCACCUGUUUUAGCAAGCAAAGACGAGCACAUAGCUGAACAGCAGCUGACGUCUCUCACGCAGGACUGUGGGUCAUGUGACCACAGCUACGCGCUCUCUGACGCCUGUGAGACGAAGGUCCGCCUCUUCAGCACGCUGGACGCCAACAGACGGCUUCGCCAGAGGUUAAAGGUCAAGUGCCAAGCGAUCCGCCAUUUGAGGUUAAAGCUGUGGGACGCCCGGCGUGAGCUGGCCGGCCUCCGGGCAGGACGGGACUGCGUUCGGACUUCCGCCACGCGCGCGGACGGCGGGGGACACAGGAAGUGAUCCGCACUUCCUGUUCUGGAUGUUCGGCUUAUUCACAGGCUUUAUGUGACUGUAUGGGACUCAAUGCACUGAAGAGAAGAAACUGCAAAAUGGUUUGCAGCAUGUGUGCGCAUGCAUGUGCGUGUGUGUGUGUGUGUGUGCAUGCCUGUGCAUGCGAGUGUGUGUGUGUGUGUGCGUGUGCGUGUGUGUGUGUGUGUGCGUGUGUGCAUGCCUAUGCUUACAUGAGUGAGUGCAUGUGAGUGUGUGUGUGUGUUUGUGCAUACCUGUGCUUACAUGAGUGCGAGUGUGUGUGUUUGUGUGCGUGUGUUUGUGCAUGCCUGUGCAUGUAUGUGAGUGUGUGUGUGUGUGUGUGUGUUUGCAUUUUCCACAACCAGUGUUACAGUGUGAAGCCAAGCUCACAUUCAGUGAAUGCGAUGCAUUGGUCUAUUUACCAAACUGUAAUGUAAUUCAAUAAUUCAAUUCUAAGUGUCUGCUGAGAUUGACCUGCAGCUUUUGUUAUAAAUGGAAAUUUCACUCAAA